CCGCCAUGUCCAUCUUCACCCCCACCAACCAGAUCCGCCUCACUAACGUGGCCGUGGUGCGGGCGCGGCGCGGCGGCAAGCGCUUCGAGAUCGCCUGCUACCGCAACAAGGUCAUGGGAUGGCGCAGCGGAGCGGAGAAAGAUCUCGACGAGGUCCUGCAGACACAUACAGUGUUUGUCAACGUUUCCAAAGGCCAGGUGGCGAAGAGGGAAGAUCUCGUUCAAGCAUUUGGGACAGAUGACCAAACAGAAAUCUGUAAGAUGAUUUUAUCCAAAGGGGAGCUGCAAGUAUCGGACAAAGAACGACAGACACAGCUGGAGCAGAUGUUUAGAGACAUUGCAACUAUUGUGGCUGACAAGUGUGUGAAUCCUGAAACAAAGAGGCCAUACACAGUGAUCCUGAUCGAAAGAGCCAUGAAGGAUAUUCACUACUCCGUCAAGCCGCACAGGAGCACAAAGCAGCAGGCACUGGAAGUGAUCAGACAGUUAAAGGAAACCAUGCAGAUCGAACGUGCUCACAUGAGGCUGCGAUUUAUCCUUCCAGCAAAGGAGGGGAAGAAACUGAGAGAGAAGCUCAAGCCCCUGAUUAAAGUUAUUGAGAGUGAAGAUUUCCACGAACAGCUGGAAAUUGUGUGCCUUAUUGACCCAGGCUGCUUCAGAGAGAUUGAUGACCUGAUACGGAGUGAGACAAAAGGGAAAGGAACCCUGGAGGUGCUGAGUCUGAAAGACGUGGAGGAAGGAGACGAAAAGCUUGAAUAAUGAAAGCCUUCCCACAGCAGUUCUACUUGCAACAGCAUUCUACGAAAUGACUGGCGAUAGACAUGCUCUUCUGUUCGGCCUUCGUGGUUUUUCCGUUCUCUUGCUGCCAGAUAUUUCCUGACACUAGUCCUUUCAGAUUUUUCCAUGCAGUGUGGGGUUUUUUAUCCUUCCACACCUGCUUGGUUUACAAAUGUGUUUGACUGCUGGAACGUUUUAUGUCAGAGUUGCACUAAUGAGGCCUGAGUUAAGAUGUGGUAGAGAAGUGACUUUUGCUUUGGUUUCCUUUAAGGGUUGCUGUUGAAGAGUGUUGGGCUGAUACAGUGCCCGUUGUUGCUACCUGGAGCUGUCAGUGCUGAGCGGCCGGUUGCAUAGAUUGCUGAGGGGUGAGUUUGUCUGUGAGGAGAGGAACCUUCAGAAGAGAGCUGCUUUUUCACUUCUCAGCACGUGCAAAGCAUGGAUCGUGCCUAAAAAUCUAUCUGUGAGCAGCACGAUCACUGACUUGGGCUUCUACAAUUGGCUGCUUGAUAAUUAAAACACCAUUCUUAAAGAUUUCCUUUGCCGGAUAGAAGAGUACUCGCUGACUUAUUAAAAACCUUCUCUUCCAUAUAACUUCUUCGUGACAUGUAUUUAGCUACCUUAAGAAAAAUCAGUUAUCGCCUGCUUCUGUAUUAGAGAUACAGAAAGACAUAAAAUCAUUUUUGUGAAUGGUAUAGGAGGUGCCUCCGGCCACGGCGAUGCUUUCUGUAGGCCGAAGGGGUGGCCUGUGCUUGUCAGCUGUUCAUUCCACGGCGUCAGUGAGAAUCUCCGACAGGCAUGGGUGGCCUCUGCCCAUCGAGCUGGACAGGCUUUUGUUGGGCCGCCAUUCCCCAGCAGGAGCAGUUUGGUUGUGCCCCGUUUUAGUGCGAGACAGAGAAAUCCUGGCAGCUGUCCUUUCUCCUCUCGCUGCUUAUGCUGCUUUCUAAUACCUGCCCAGCAUUUCCAGGCAGCUCCAGAUUCCAUGAGCUCUUGUCUCAGCUGUGUUCAACAAAUGCUUUUUAGUGGAGCUGGUGUGUUUCAAAGAAGAGGGGAAGAGAGCACAGCAAGCGGAGGAGGAGAGACGGAAAAUGCAAACCACCAGGCAAAGCCCCUGUGCUUGGGUGACCGAAAGCUCAGCCAGCAGGGAUUUACGGAGCCUUCAGCGUGACGUACCCCUUCCCAUGCUAACAGCAGGCAGCAGGUCAGGAGCUGCAGGCUAGCCAGCGCCUCGAUGUCUCUCCCAGACGAGUGCUGUGUUCAUCAUUGGCUGUUCACUUUUAGCGCGCCCGACUGCCUGCUACAUGAGAACUGAAGGGAGCUCUGGCUUGCGCUGCUGACGUGACCUUUUCCUUUGUAGCGUGAACAGCGUGGGAAGUCUCCAGAAUUUAGGCAGGGAGGGCUGAAGACAACUGAAAGCGGAGAGGUUUGACGUGUGAGGUGCAGGGGGCCUGUGGGACUAGACCCUUAGUCAAAGGCUUCCUCCUGGAAGCUGGUUUCUGCAGGCGCCUGUUGACACGAGCUUGUACAAGCCUGGCUCAUGUUUCUUGAGCAGUAUUUUGGAAGGGCCGUCCACUCGAGAGUCUGAGUUUUGCUGAGGGCCACUGAAAUGGACAUCCUUGAGGCAUUUUAGCCGUUCUUCUAAAAAGCUCUCUCUUGCCACCCCCCGGUAACCUGCCGUGAUGUUUAAAUGCUGCCUAGGACAGUGUAGUGGCAUAAUGACUCUACUUGCCACGUGGGCCCCGCCUCAGCGUGGAGAUCUCUACGUGCACAGACAGACUGGCCAGGUUCCUUGUGGGCACAAAGCCUUCACUGCUUGUCUUUCAAAGGGCCAUCUCUUCAUGCGCAUUUUUAUGAAGCACAGAAGAUGAUAAUGUCUGCGUGUAGCCUGUCACGGGCCAUUGGCGUUAACAUGCAAUCCAUCAGUCUGCACAUGAGGUGCUGAGUAAGAGCCUGGGAUGAUCCUGUGUCGGUAACACUUGAUUUCAGAAUCCUCUAAUUUCUUUGUUUCCUAUGUUCAGCAGCUAGAGCACCAUAGGACGGCUGCACAUUAAAGAUCUCGAGCUACAGAAACUUCAUCAGAGCUGAUCUACAAGCUUGGUGCUAGGAAGGCAGUUUCCCUCUGUAAGGAGUCUUUUUCUGCAAAUCAAAGAUUGAGGGUUAUUCUCCUCUCUGGUAGAGGGAGCUUGGUUUUAUUUCUCAACGAAUAAAUGUACAUGCUUGCA